CACAAGUUCAUGGAUGGGAUGGACCAUUAUCUGAUGAACCAGUUUGAAGAUGCCAGAGACAGCCUAGAGGAGGCGCUAGAACUGUGGUACGAAGAGUACGACAAGUGUCGUUCCUCCUGCGAAAGACCAAACAACAUGGUGAUCAACAAAAACGACCUGUGGUUGUCGCUCACGGAUCGCUAUGUGGAACUUUUGCUGUGUCGACGGAACUGCAUCGUACGGAUGUCCCACAUUGAGGGACGAUUUGUGGAGCAGCUACUUGCCAACAUGUUCCACUAUCUGCAGUACGUGUAUUUCCAGUUGAAGGACUAUCCCAACGUGAUGCGCAACGCUGCCACGUACCUGAUCUUCUACCCGACUGAUCCCAUGAUGACCCAGAACGUGGACUACUUCCUGACACUCCCCUGGGCCAGCGAGGACAUGCUGGAGGUGCGACCGAAGGCAGCGGCCGUGCACGAGGUUAUGGAGCUGGAACGCAAAUUACUCCAGGACAUCCAGAAAAACUUUGGAGAUGAGUUUGUCAUUGAUGGCCUCCAGGGUAAUGCCUGGUACCAGGACCAGCCCAAUGCCUCCCCACCCAGGCCGAAUGAGGAGGAGGAGGAGGAAGAAGAAGAGGAAGAUGAUGAAGAGGACAUGGUUGAAGAUGGAGAGGAGAAAGCUGAGCCCCGGGUGACAAAGGAUGUGCGGUACGGCUACAACAUGCCGGGUGUGACCGUGGUGAAGGGACCGCGCGAUCUGAAGGGCCCCAAACGGAUGGUUGCAGACGGGAUAGCGUCUGAGGAGGAGUGCAAGAUGUUGGCUCAUCUAGCAAAGCUAGGGGCUAGGGACGGAGACGGGUACAAGGGCCGUGGUGCCCACGCGCACACAGUGUACGAAAGGUUUGAGGGCCUGACGGUACUGAAAGCAGUCGAGCUUGCAAAGAGAGGCCUAGUGUCGGUGGAUCAUGCUGAGAUGUACUUGAACCUGAGCAACAAGGCGCGGCGGUACGUUCACGGCUACUUCCACAUGAAACACCAGCUGUUCUUCACCUAUACACACCUGGUCUGCAGGACAGCAGAGCCUUACUCUACAGAUGACAGGACAGACUUAAGUCACCCCAUCCAUGCAGACAACUGCCACCUCCUGGCCGAUGGGUCCUGUCCCAAAAAGCUGCCUGCUUUUACAUGGAGAGAUUGGAGUGCAAUUCUUUAUCUAAAUGAAGGGUUCAAGGGAGGAGAGUUCAUCUUUACACAUGCUAAUGAAACUGUACAGUCCAGCGUAAAGCCCAAGUGUGGUAGGCUAGUGGGGUUCUCCGCUGGUGAGGAGAAUCUACAUGGCGUUAGGGCAGUACUGAAGGGCAGAAGAUGCGCCCUUGCCAUGUGGUACACACUAGAUGAACGUUACAACGAAGUCGAACACUACCAGGCCAGAAAACUUCUUCAGAACCUCAAGAAACACAGGACAAAGACAAGCAAGGGAAAACCAAAGGAGGAGUUAUAGCCACUGGUAGUUCAGGAAAAUAUAUUUGAUGUGGACAUCCUACAUUCCAAUAUGUAUUAUUGAUGUGUCGUAAAUAUGUAUAUGUUGACCUAUAAUGAACAUAUAUUGGCUGUAUUUUGUGGCCUUUUUUUUACCAUGUCACUUUUUCUAUGAAAAAUUUAGCUGAAUUGAAAUUAAUGGCAGUUUGCCAUAUUUGUACAUUCAGUCCUUCAAUCAUGUUUUCUAAAAUCCUUUUUUUUUCGCUCUUUUUUUUUAUUAUUGCAAGAAUCAUGUAUUUUGAAACGGCAAGAGAUGUUGAAUCAUGCGUUUGGUCAUCAAUCAGUGAUAACCAUAAUCAUUUUGAAACCAAUUAUAUACAUGGCAGCAGAUCAGAAUGUACUAAAUAACACGCCAAUCUUUCUCCACAUCGGUUCCUUAUUUUUAGGUCUAAGUCAAUGUAAAACGCUAAGGAAAUGUAUGUCAAUACUGGGAACAUACUUCUUAAUCCGUAUCAUUGAGUCUUUUUUAAAGACAUUGUUGGAGCUUAAAAUACUAAAUAGAUUUUUAAAAUAUUUGAAUGGCUAGAUUGUUAGAAUAAUGCUACUAAAAUCUAGAUUCAGGUACAUACAAAUGCAGUAUGGAUUGUCUUGAUUUUUUAUACUUCAAUGAAACAUAUUUAG